UAGCACAUAUCUAAGUGCUUAACCUUCACUUCCCGCAUGACAGUGGAUGUAAUGCCUGCACUCUUACACUAGAACUUAGUGGGAGGUGCAAACGAAUUUAGACCAGAAAAAAGCCCCUAAACCUCAAGCACUACUUUCAGGAGGUGCAUCUUAAAGGUCUCGUCACCAAAGUGCUUUGUGUGUUGUUAUUUGUGCAGAUAUGCAAAAACUGAGAGACGCAGAGCAGUCGGUGUGAGGAAGUCUGUUUCUGUCUCUUCUGUUUCACUGUAUCUGCUGUCACGAAUGCCUCAGUCUGUCGUCUAAACGUUUGGACAUGAACAUCUUUCUAGAUUCCCGCUGCUCCAUCUUAGGAGUUCUCCUGGUUUUCCUUCUCCAAGGGUCCUGUGAUGAUCCAGAUGUUGAGCUGCACAGAGCUGUGGGAGACUCGCUGGAAUUAAUCACUGAUUAUCCAAAAAAAGAUCUUGAAGUGCUGUGGAAAUAUAAUCAGAGUGUAUUUGCUGACUAUCGAAAUGAUGAUUUCCAAAAAGUGAAACCUGAAUUAUUUAAAAACAGGUUAAAGAUGAAUAAGGACAGUAUUAGUGUAACAGUAACAGACCUUAACCUCCAGGAUUCUGGAAGAUUCUUUAUUGUUGCAGAAAAUAAAACCACUUCUGUACAACUUAAGACAAAAGGCUUUGUACUUCGUGUUCAUGAGCUCAUCAGAGAUGUAAAAAUUGAGGACAAGUAUUUGUGGCUGCCAUCAGAAAACAUCUGCAUGUUUCAUCUCUGGUGUGUGGCGUCUGGUGAUCCGAAUCCCUCCUACAGCUGGAUCAGUCCUCAGACGACUCAAGGAUCACAGCUGAACAUCAGUCUCCGUUUAGGAGAGAAAUCUACACUCAACUGCUCAGCCAACAACACCAUCAGCAUCAAGUACACUACUGAGACUGUAGUGUGCACAGAGACAUCAGAUUAUGUGCUGAUCGCGGCUGGCGUGGGUAUCGUCGCAGUGGUCAUACUGGGUGGAACAGUCGCUGUGUGCUGCAGGUGGAGGAGGAACAGAGGACAAGGAGAGAGUGAAGCUGGGAUUACAGUGUAUGAAGACGUGAACAUUGAUGCCCCUGCAAAGAAGCGAUCUGAAAGUGUUGUAAACGGCAUGACCAUCUAUGAAACGGUGGAUGAUGCAAAACUCUCACAAAACUUGCCUCAAACCCUGUAUGACAAAAUCAACUAUCAGCGUCAGCCAGCGGGCAACACCAGCACCAGCACAGCCAACUCUUACCAGGAAGUCCUGUGAGUGAGU